AUUUGUUUGUGACCGAACUUUUCUCCAAGUGUAUCGUAAUAGAAUUUAUCAAUGCUGGUAACACUGAAAAGUAAAGCUUAUUCCCGUUAAUUUUAAUUAGAAAUUACAGACGUAAAACUAAUCAUUGACGAAGAUGCAUCGCAUUCCGUUGAUUUUACCUUCGCCCUCUGCAUACUGGGAUACAAAUAUGCCAGAAUAUAAGUUGCUUCGAAAUACUUUAAACGCAGAAAACAUUGAGGAAACUGAAAAGUUUUUAUCUAUUCUGGAUAACGAAGCGGAGGAGUUUCUUAUUAGUUACAAUUCUACGGCAGAAGAGCGUCUUAAAUGCGCAAUACAACUAUUGCAAAGUGUUAAUUUUGUACAGGGUUUGCGGUUACUAAAUAAUAUUAUAAUGCGUGCAUCCAAAGACAGCAAAUCAUAUUUACAAGCUUUGAGACAUCGAGGAUCUUGGCUUUUAAAACAAUUCGAACUUGAGGCUGGUAUAAAUGACUUUACAAUGUUUCUUUACUUAAAUGAACAAAAUCAAGAUUAUGAGGAAUUGUGUGAAGUCCACGGACUGAUUACUAUAUCAUCUUAUGUGAUACGACACUAUGAAAUGACGAAAAAGCAUUUACAUGCUUAUAACAAGUAUAAAGCAAAAUUACCCGAGGAAUUUUUCAAGAAAAGAUUUGAAAUUAUUGAUCUCAAUAUAAGGAGUUUUGAACAUGAAUUCGAUAACUUCGACCACGUGAUUCCUAAAUGUGAUAUAUCAUGGCAGGAUUUGCCAUAUCAAGGAUUCAAUAUCAAUAAAAACAUUGAACAAAUGUCUUCCGCGUGUUGUUAUGUUGAAUACUUGCACAAAAAUAAUUUAGUUUCCCGGGUUGUUUCAAACGUCGAUUUACCCAAGGCCAGCAUUGUUUUACUAGAAAAGCCGCUAUCUAUAAAUAUGAAUGUGUCAUUAGUUCAGUGCGAGUUUUGUUUGUAUCAUAGUAAUAAUAUAUAUACUUGUUUGGAAUGUCGUUAUAAAACCUAUUGUUCGCUUAAAUGCAUAGAAAAUGACAAGGAUAUGCAUCAAUAUGAAUGCCCUGCUUAUAAAAACCUUUUAUUGCAUAUAUUAGAUGCACGAGAUCUCUAUCGUCUAUUUGUAAAACUGUCAAUUCAUCUUAAUAACAGUACAUUCGCUAGCAAAGUAUUUCGGAAUGUAACAUCGGCUGCAGAAGUUUUGGACAUCAUAGAAAGAAAUUCAGAGACAGAGGAGGAUUAUCAAAUGAAUUCAUUUAUGGGUAUAUUGCGAGACCGACCUAACUACAGUAAAUUACAUAGAAUGCAAUACUCCACUUUAGUAGCAACGGCAUUUCGCCUUUCAUUAUUUAUCGAAAGCAAAACAAAUAUAGCCGACAUUUUUUUUUCAAAACUUCAAAUUCCUAAAGCAGAAAAAACUGUAUUAAUAGGUGUCAUAUUGAUGCGUCUUCAUUGCAGCUUACUUUUAAACAGUUUUGAUUUUGAAUAUGUUGUUCCGCUAACGAAAGUUAGACCAAAGUGUAAAACAGUUCAUGAUCAAGUCUCAAGUUGGAUAAAUCUGGUGAAACCAAUUCGAGAAACAUAUACUGAAUUUAUUAAUGAACAUUAUAAUAUUACCAAUGCCGAACUAAAUGAGCUGCGAACACGGUACUUGGAACAAAAACAUGUUUUUGAACCUCUCGCUGCACCAGCGCUUGAACACUCAAAGUUGUGUAAUUCAAUUGUACGACCUAUCUCUGUCUUUAAAGAUAAACUAGCCGAAUUAUACUUUUGUCCAGAUGAUGUACAGUUGUUAAUUUACAGCGAUUUAGCUUCAAUUCCAAUUUCCAGCCGUUCCAUUAGUUUAUCUAUAGCUAAAAUGUCACGUUUGGAACGCUACAGAUUUGUGCAAACUUUCGCAAGUAAUUUUCACAAACACUUUUUUGGCUACUUUUUACGAAUGAGUACACGUUACAAUCAGGUUCAUCAGGUACUGUCAUUACAGUGCCCCACACUUAAAAAGUUCAAUCAUUCAUGCAUUCCUAAUGUGGAUAUUGUGAAACUUGAUAACGGCUUGGUAAUGGGAAAAACAUUACGUGACGUAAAAAGGGGCGAUGAGCUACUUGUUUCUUACAAAGCAAAUUACAUGCAUCAUACACGAGUGGAAAGACAGACUUUAUUGAAGCAAUUAAAUAUUGAAUGUCAUUGUGAAAUAUGCCAAGACGCUGCGGAAAACGAGCCUACUGAUCUACGUCAAGGAAUAUAUUGUGCAAAAUGUAAAGGACAAAUAAUAACGCCAAGUCAAAUAAAAUGUUCGCUCUGUGAAACCAAUUUCAACAGUUUGUUAUUGAAAUACAAUACAGAAAUAGCUCUACUCGAAAAAUCAAUCAGAAAUAAUAUGCAUCCUAAUGCUAAUGAAAGGACCCUGUGCUUGUUAUACGAAGCACUUUACUUACGUGCAAGGGCUAGCUACGUUCCUUCCAAUGAGUAUCGAAUUAAAGUGGAAUUAGGGCAUGCGAAAUAUCUGGCAUUAAAAAAUUUUGGACGACAAGCGUACUUUAUUUUGUUGGAAGUUAAAUCAAAUGUGACUUCCCAUUAUACAGAAGAUGUCCUUUGGUUUUCCUUUUUCUCUGAAAUGCUUUUGAUAAUCAAAAUCAUUAUGUAUUAUACUAUUGAAAAACAAAUUAACAAUAUCCCAGUCACCAAUCUUCAAGAUUUAUGUACAUUGGCUUUAUAUAUAAUUAAUGGAGGGCUUUCUUACAUAUGUCAAUCACAAAGUGAUAAUUCGGAAUAUUCUUCAUUAUUUGAGGAUGCUCAUUUAUUUUUAAAAUGGAGGUCAUAUAUUUAUCGCUGUAGCUCGGCAGGGAAUGUUCUUGACAAUGCUGAAGCGACAGAAAAUAUUGGAGGGGAAAUAAUUAGCCUUAUAAAGGCAAAUGCUACCAGAAUUUAAUAUUUAAGAUUGACGCAAGAGAGCCAUUAUUGAAUUAAUGUUUCAGUUUUUGAUUUUGCUUAUCCGUUCUAUUGAAUGUGUAACGUUUUAAUUACUAAAUCCUUGCGUAUAUCAGUUAUCUAGUUAUUUUGGUUAACAAAUGAAGUUAAAUUGAGA